AUGAUAGUGAUUUGGUUCAAAUGCACUGAUGGUAGUCAGCGAUCUGAGCCCAUGUUUAUGGCUGUCACUGACACCAUCUUCCCCCCCGACUACCACAACAACCCCACACAGCUGAACUAUGGGAUAGCUGUGACAGAUGUCGAUGGUGAUGGAAAUCUGGAGAUCCUGGUAGCAGGGUACAAUGGACCAAACCUUGUCCUUAAAUAUGACAAAGCUAAUAGGAAGCUCUUCAACAUUGCAGUUGACGACCGCAGAUCCCCUUACUAUGCCCUAAGGGACCGUCAAGGCAAUGCUAUUGGUGUUACUGCAUGUGACAUUGAUGGAGAUGGCAGGGAAGAGAUAUACUUCCUCAACACCAACAAUGCAUUUUCAGGUCGAGCAACAUACGCUGACAAACUGUUCAAAUUCCGCAAUGGGCGGUUUGAAGACCUCCUGAGUGAUGAGGUCAAUGAGCAUAGGGACGUUGCCAAUCGUGUAGCUGGGCGCUCACUGGCCUGUGUUGAUAGAAAGGGCAUUGGGCGGUAUUCCAUCUACAUUGCCAACUAUGCCAGUGGGAACGUUGGACCCCAUGCCCUCAUUGAGAUGGAUGAGGCAGCCAGUGACCUGUCCAAGGGGGUUGUUGCCCUGACCAAUGUGGCUGAGCAGGCGGGUGUCAACAAGCUCACAGGGGGCCGGGGUGUGGUGGUUGGGCCAAUCGUCAGCCAGACUCGCUCUGAUAUCUUCUGUGACAAUGAGUAUGGUCCCAACUUCCUGUUCCGCAGCAACGGGGAUGGAACCUUCACGGACGUGGCCGCACAGGCAGGGGUUGAGGACCCAACACAACAUGGCCGAGGAGUAGCACUGGCUGACUUCAACCGGGAUGGGAAAACAGACAUUGUGUAUGGCAACUGGAAUGGCCCACAUCGCCUUUUCCUGCAGCUCAGCACCAACAGAAAGCAGAGAUUCAAGGACAUUGCCACCCAAAAGUUUUCCAUGCCCUCUCCUGUCCGCACAGUGCUCGUGGCUGACUUUGAUAAUGAUGGUGAGCUGGAAGUCUUUUUCAACAACAUAGCCUACCGGGGCCCAUCUGCCAACAGGCUCUUCAGGGUAUCUCGGAGGGACCGUGCUGAUCCCCACAUUGAGGACCUCAAUGUUGGAGAGGCAGCUGAGCCAGACGGCCGAGGAACAGGGGCAGCCAUAACUGAUCUGGAUGGAGACGGACGGCUGGACCUGUUGGUGUCCCAUGGGGAGAGUGCUGCCCAACCCAUUUCUGUGUUCAGAGUCAACCUGGGCUCAUCCAACAGGUGGCUGCGUGUCAUCCCUCGUACCCGCUAUGGGGCAUUUGCGCGGGGAGCCAAGGUUGUAGCCUAUACGAAGAAGAGUGGUCCCCACACCCGCAUCAUCGAUGGGGGUUCUGGAUACCUGUGUGAGAUGGAACCGGUGGCCCACUUUGGACUGGGAAAGGAUGUGGCCACCAGUGUGGAGGUAUACUGGCCAGAUGGGCGCUCUGUGGCUAGACCACUUGAGAUAGCUGACAUGAACUCAGUUCUGGAGAUCCACUAUCCAAAAGAAGAGGAAGAGGAAACCCCACCUGCAGAGAUAGAGUGUGGAAAUGGAUUUGCUGUUGAGAAUGGACGUUGCACAGACAAAGAUGAGUGCACACAGUUUCCCUCUGUUUGUCCUCGUGAUCGCCCCGUCUGCACCAACACCUACGGAGGCUACAAGUGCCGUGCCAACAAGAGAUGUGGACAGGGCUUCGAGCCCAAUGAUGAGGGGACAGCCUGUGUUGCUCAGGUGGCUUACUUUGGGGGGAACCGUUCUUCAGCCCGUGGGCUCAGGACCCACCUUCCUCAGCUUUUUCUGUCUCUACUGGGGCUACUGGUACUCCGGCUUAUAGCUUGCCUACUCUAGGGUGCCUCCUGCAUGCCUUUGUUUCCUUCUCUAUUGC